AUGCCGUAUAUGCCUCCUAACACCCUCGUUGAACAACAAUAUGUGCGUAUACCUCAGAAACCGAAUAACGUUUCGGGGGACUUAGAACUAAGGUUUCAAGAGAGUAGAUCCGAGAAAGCAGAAGACUCUAGUGAUGUUGCGACACAGCUUGAGUUAAAAACUCAUGGUUCUACUUCUGAUAAGGAUACAUCAUCGCAAAGGCCAGAGAAGAUGAAGAGAUCUCAGAGACAUAGCAACAACAACAACUCCAUAGAAGGAAGCUCAUCUUCCAGUAGUGUAGCUGGUGGCCAAAAACAAAAUGACCAAAUUGAGGAUCGAAGCUGCAGCGUUUCAACGAAUGCAUGA